AUGAUCAGCACGAUCAGCGGUGGCCCCACUCUGGCGGGACCCUCUAACCGUUCGAUGAAGCAGUAUGUGCGUGCCGCCCACUGCCCUCAGGUCUUCGGCAUAGAAGACGAUCGGUGCCGAAAGGUGCCGAAGGUGGGAUGGGAGCCCAUCACAUUUUGUGAAGAAGAGGAGGAGGGGAUCAUUUACCCCCACGAUGACCCAAUGAUCAUUCGGGCCGAGAUCGCCGAUUACGAUGUGGGUCGGGUGCUGAUCGACACCGGAAGCUCGGUGAACGUAAUUUUUGCCGAUGCGUUCAAGGGACUGGGGAUUGCCGACAGCAUGGUCAAUCGGCAAAUCACGCCUCUCCUCAGUUUUUCUGGGAGAUCUGGUCCAGCCAGUCGGCAGUAUCAGUCUGCCCAUCGCCUUCGGCGUCGCCCCCAGGAAAACAAUGACCUACGACCAAUUCCUCAUUGUCGAUUGCCCAACGGCAUACAACGUCAUCAUAGGGCGAACGGCACUCACCAGGGUCAAAGCCCACUUAUCCCCCACAUGUUGCUGAUGAAGUUCCCAACACGCAACGGUACCGGCGUCAUCCGGGGCGACCAGCUCAGCGCACGGACGUGCUAUGCCACGGCCCUUAACCAUGACCGUGCAGGGACUACGAACGGUAGCGGGCCCAUUGAUGACCCCAGGGAGGAAACACCAACGCCGGUGGCGCAGCCUGCCGAAGAGCUCGAAACCGUGGUCCUAAACGAAGAUUUCCCCGAUCGGUGGGUGAAGAUCGGCACCAACCUAGGUCCCGACCUCCGAAGACAGUUCAUCGACUUCUUACGGCAGCAGGCGGAGGUCUUCGCCUGGUCUUAUGACGAUAUGCCCGGCAUAUCACCUGACGUCAUCAGCCACAAACUCAGCAUCUCCACCGCCCACAAACCGGUCAGACAAAAGCGCCGAUCGUACGAUGCCGAACGGUACGAGGCAAUGCGUGCCGAGGUUGACAAGCUCAAAGCCAUCGGCUUUAUCAGGGAAGCUACGUACCCUGUUUGGCUUGCCAACUCAGUCAUGGUUCGGAAGGCCAGAGGGAGGAUGGCGGAUGUGUCAGGACUAUACCGACCUGAAUAA